AUGCAGACGGCCAAAAGAAUGGCGUCCAACGUGUACACAUCUCCGGCUCUCACGUUUGAACUGGUUGCAAAAUGUUCAACAACUCGAGCUCGCGCCUCUAUUCUCACACUUCCUCAUGGACCCGUCCAGCUACCGAUUUUCAUGCCUGUGGCCACCCAGGCUUCUCUUAAGGGCAUUACCCCAGAGCAACUGGAGGAUACUGGUUGCCGUCUUUGCCUAAACAACACGUACCACCUGGGCUUGAAGCCAGGCCAGGAGAUUCUUGAUGCUGUUGGUGGUGCUCAUAAGUUGCAAGGAUGGAAUCACAACCUUCUUACAGAUAGCGGAGGCUUCCAAAUGGUCAGUCUGCUAAAGCUGGCCACAAUCACAGAGGAGGGCGUUCGCUUCUUGAGUCCCCACGACGGGUCCCCUAUGCUCCUCACCCCAGAACACUCUAUAUCCCUGCAAAACACAAUAGGCAGUGAUAUCAUGAUGCAGCUCGACGACGUGCUAGUGACCACCUCGCCAGACAAAGCCCGGAUGCGAGAGGCCAUGGAGCGCAGCGUCAGAUGGUUGGACAGAUGCAUAGCCGCUCACAAGAACCCCGACAGACAAAAUCUGUUUUGCAUUAUCCAGGGUGGAUUAGAUCUCGAGAUGCGACGAGAGUGCUGCAAAGAGAUGCUGGCUAGGGAUACGCCUGGCAUCGCCAUCGGCGGGCUCAGCGGAGGAGAGGCCAAGGCAGAUUACUGCCGUGUCGUAGAGACAUGUACAGCCCUACUUCCCGACCUCAAACCUCGGUAUGUGAUGGGUAUUGGCUACCCGGAAGAUCUGAUCGUCAGCGUCGCCCUCGGAGCAGACAUGUUUGACUGCGUGUGGCCAACAAGGACAGCGCGAUUCGGAAACGCCGUCACGAAGAAUGGCGUCCUGAACAUUCGAAACUCAAGAUACGCCAACGACUUUGGACCUAUUGAGCCCGGUUGUGGCUGCAUGUGUUGCAGGGGAGGGGAGGACGGCAUGGGUAUCACGAGAGCCUUUAUCCACCACAACGCUUCCAAGGAGACGGUGGCGGCGCAUCUGUUGACGAUUCACAACGUUUGGUAUCAGCUGCAGCUCAUGCGCGACAUUCGACAGGCGGUUAUUGAGGAUAGGUUUCCUGCGCUCAUCAGAGAGUUUUUCGCAGGGCUUUAUGAGGAUAAGACGCAGUACCCUGAGUGGGCUGUGGAAGCACUCAAGAGAGUCAAUGUUGAUUUGACGGUAUAA